CCUUUACAAUGUUUUCAUAAAUAAUAACCUAUAUAUCUGUAUAUAUUUCUUGGCUCUUGUAUACUUUCAAAUUCAAAGUUCUUAAGUUCAAAAGCUGGAUUAAUUUAUAAGAAAAGAAAUUAACAUUAUGAGUUGCAAUUCUGAUGAUGACGAUAUUCCUCAGCUUUCUAUUGAAACUUUUGCUGUUUUACAAGAGUUCUAUAAGGAACAAGAGGAGAGAGAGUUAAUGAGAAAAAAUGUUGAUUCUGACACAAACAUUCAAGAGAAUUGGCAACUUAGUCAAUUUUGGUAUGAUCAUGAAACUAUUGAAAAGUUAACAAGUAUAAUCUUGAAAUCUGUUGGACACCAGGGUAAAAUCGCAUUGAUAUCAUGUCCUUCUAUAUAUCCAAUGCUUGCGUCAAAAAUUGGAGAAAAUGGUGAAGUGGAAAUAUAUGAAUAUGACAGAAGGUUUUCAAUAUAUGGCAACAACUUUAAAUUUUAUGACUAUAAUAAGCCGUUAGAAGUUCCAGAAAACAGAACUUCAUAUUACGAUUUGGUUAUAGCAGAUCCUCCAUUUUUAUCUGAAGAGUGCUUAUCAAAAACAGCGGAUACUAUCAAAUGUAUAGCGAGAAACAAAAUCAUUUUAUGUACAGGUGCUGUAAUGGCCCCAAUAGCUGAAAAACUUUUAAAUCUGAAGAAAACCGAUUUUGAACCUAGACAUAAAAAUAAUUUAGCUAAUGAAUUUGGUUGUUUUACAAACUUUGAUAUAAAUGUUAUGUGAAUUUCAUUUUA